UCGGCGUCAUACAUCAUCAACCCGCCCCUGCACCUCGGUCUAGUUGCCGCGACACUAAAACUGACGAAAAAAUCACGAAAACACACAGCAAUCUUGUAGCGCCGAAAGUGCCCGCAAGUGUGUAUAUACAAUAGCGACCCACCCCGUACGCUAUAUCCAGUUCACCAUAUUCACCUUCACAACUAUGCACUUCGAAUCAUCACCAGGCUCAUCUCCAUCAAAGUCGCUGCCCAUCAGCAUCUCGCCUAGAAACAACAUGUCUUCACCAACUUCCUCGUUGUACAGCAACUACUCUACCGAGGCUUCAUCAUCUCGUGGCUCAACAUGUGCUUACCCAUCAUGGCCUACCGGUCCAUCGCUGGACCACCGCAGUGCACCAUCCUCUUACAUUAGCGAUGCCGACCUCUUUGGUGAGGACUUUGACGACGACUUCGCCUGCCCAUUCCUCGACAAGGCUCCUGCUCCACCACGCGUCUACCCCAUGGCACAGGCAAUGCCCGUCUUGCCACCACUGUACGCGCCCAAGAAGCCAAAGAGCGAGCGUCGCCGCAGCAGUGGCAAGCAGCGUCGCACUUCCAAGCCCAUGACUCCCAUCUCCGAGUCACCAGAGCAGGUUGAAUGAGCGCGCAAUCAAGCGAUAGCAUUCGUGUUAUUUAACUUAUCUUGACAACAUCAACGUCACCAUUAUUAGGCGCGCGCGUUGGCAUCCGUCAGCAUCACGUUGGCAUGGCUGAGUCACAUGAGCUGUCAGUCAGUCACUUGCCACAGUCAGCCUCACUCAUCAUGUCCCGCACCGGGACCUGAGUAUUCCGCGUCUCGCGCCUC